AUGGCGACACAAGGUACAGAGCAGACUGAAACUUGGAUUACUACCGUCAUCAUGAGUAGUAUUCUCAAGGAUCAUGAGGUAGCAACAUCCUUACAAAGCCAACAGCACAAAGUGCGUUUUUCAGAAUCUGUGCAAAGUGGAUCUGUAAUUUUUCCGCUCUCUGGAAUUGCCUUCUUGUUGGCAAAUGCUCAGGAACUAUUUGAUACACCCGGUGAAGUGGUGCAUGAUAGAAUACAGAAGUUUAUAUCUGUUCAUCGAAACAGCUUCUUAGUAAUAGUGGCAGCUCUCCAUGGACCAGAGGAAUGGGACCUAAUGUUCAGAAUUCAGCUGAGAUUCCUUGGAAGUAAUUUGCGAAUAAUUCCUGCGCACAAUAAUGCAGAUGUUGUUAAAAGCAUGUUAACAGUGACAAAGGCCACAUGCAAACCUCACAUUGAAAACAUACUGGACAAGCUUCUGCAGGCUAAGAUGUAUAUUGUGGAAAACAGUCCAGUGUGGAAAACUCUCGAGCAGAUAUGA